AUGUCCUGGGCCGAGAGAGGGUUCGGGUUUUACCCAGACAUGAAUCUCAAAGCGGUCGACAGGCUGGUUUCCUUGUCUCCUCCCCGCAGGAAAGUUAAGAAACCUCUUCGUCCUUCAUCCAACCCGAAGAUCUCGGAGUUUCCUCAGCUGCGCCAUGGCCGAAGUGGAUCCACCGCAGCGCUGCGUCCCGGUGAAGAGAUCCAGAGCUCGGUGUGCGGGCCUCCCGCUGCAGCGAGGACACCGAGAGUCGAGCACCGACACCGAAAUGAUGACGAGGAUUCAGGGUCUUCACGGCAGACCCUGUCUGCCCGGUUUGCGGAGGGAGAGCCCGGAGAGGAUGCGCAGAGACAACCGCAUCGUCCUGUCUUGCAAUAA